AUGUCCAUCCACCUCCUCCCCGCGCCCUCCAUCCGAGCCCUCACCUCCGGCCAAGCCCUCACCUCCCCCCCGUCCCUCAUCAAAGAGCUGCUCGACAACUCGCUCGACGCCCACGCCACCCACCUCUCCGUCGAGCUCUCCGCCAACACGCUCGACGUCCUGCAGGUCAAGGACAACGGCCACGGCAUCCCCCCCGCCGACCGCGACGCAAUGGCAGUCCGCCACUGCACCAGCAAGAUCCGCGACUUCUCGGACAUUGCGAGCUGCCGCACUCUAGGAUUCCGUGGGGAGGCGCUGGCCAGUGCGGCGGAGAUGGCGGGUGGGAUGACGAUAACGACACGGGUGGAGGGGGAGAAGGUGGCGGUGGCUUGUGGGGUGGAUAAGGCGGGAGCGGUGGUGGAGAGACGGCCAGUGGGGGCGGCGGUGGGGACGACGGUGAGGGUCGAGGGGUUUCUGAAGGGGUUACCGGUGAGGAGAGAGAAUGCAUUGAAAAGCGCGCCGAAAUCAAUUACGAAGCUACGAGCGCUCCUACAGCGAUACUAUCUCUCGCACCCGCACUGCCGCUUCUCACUCCGAAUCCUGGCCGCGCCGGGGAGCAAAGGCCGCACCGAGGACGUCAUCUACGCACCCAGCAAGAGCGUGCCCGAAGCCGUGCAGAAGGCCGUCGGCAAAGACGUUGCCGCAGCCUGUGAAUGGGUCUCCACCCCCUCCUCACAGGGUGAAGAUACAGAGGGGGAAACAGAACAACCGAUCGUCCUCGAAGCAUUUCUCCCAAAACCAAUAGCGCCGCCAGCAGUCAUCGCCAAGAAGCCGCAGUGCACAAACUUCGUGUAUGUCGACUCCCGCGCGGUGUCGUGCGCGCGGGGAACACUGAAGCAGGUGCUCGGUCUCUACAAGACGUACCUCAAAGCCGCCCUGAAGGCACCGGGGGUGUCGGACCCGUUUGUGUAUCUGAAUAUCCGGUGCCCACCCGGCUCCUACGACCCAAACAUCGAGCCGGCGAAGGACGACGUCAUGUUCCAUGACGCCGGCGCCGUGCUUGCGGCCGUCGAGGGGAUGCUGAAGGCCUUCUACGGCGAGCUCAAGAGCGACGAUAACAGUAGCAGCAGCACCAACAAGGGCAAAGCCGUAGAAAGGCCGCGAAACGGCUUCGAGGUGCUACUGGCGCGGAAGCCGAAGGCAGUGCCAGUACCGGCACCGAGUGCAGAGACCCCCGAGGAGAAGAGGAGUGGGAGGCCGUAUGUGCGCGCGGUGCAGGAUGUGGAGUAUGAUGAAGACGAGGAGGAGCUUGCGGCAAGAGAAAUGGACGCUGUUAUGGGGAGUGGUAGGAUGGUGGGUGUCGAUUCGCCGCCGCGGGGGAAGAUGGUGCAGACGCUUUUGCCGCCGGCGGUUGUGGUGGAGGAGGAGUUGGAUCAGACAAUGGGGGGGGUGGAAGAUGUGGAGGAAGAAGCUACAGCUGGGCCGUCCGGUGAAAUUGCGCCAGUUGAGAAGGCGCUUCCCCCUGCAGUGGGUACAGAAACAGUACCUGUAACCCCGCGCCGUAAGUCCACAAACUGGGGCUUCAACAUGUACGGCGGCGCCGACGACGAAGAUGACGACGGCGAGGAGGAGGCAUAUAAGCCCAUGGAGCCCACCGCCUCCGAUAACGAAGAAACAGCACAGAGAGAUAUCACAAUCUCAAACCCCUGGACUACCGCAAAGCUAAACUCUCCAAUCGCCCGCUCCUCGCCGCAGCGACAGCUGAGGAGGCCGUUUAAGCCGCCGUCAGUCGUCGUGUCGCCAGGGAACAGAAGAAGCAGCAGGAGCAGGGCAGAUGCGCCGAUUUCGCCCGCUGCGAGCUCACCUGGCGGGUUCAGGGGGGACUCGGCGGGGAAGGCCAGGAACGGCGGUGACGGGAACACAGGCGUCAUGAGUUCCUGGAUCUCUGGAUCCCGCAGAAAGGGCGGUGAGGACGGCGAGGCGAGUCCAGCGGCUGUGAGGAAAGGGUUCGUCUCCGCCGCCAAAAUCUACCGCGACAACCCCACCAACGACGACGAUGAUGACGAAGUCCCCCACCGCCGGCGCCCCCUACAAGCACCCAAGCGCCGCCGCCUCAACCAAGACCCCUCGCCCGCCGACGACCCGGAGCCUGCACUAGCCAGCCCGCCCAAGUCCUCACCGCACAAGAACCGCUUCCUCGCCGCGACGGCCGCGCUGCACUCGCCCGCCCAGCAGACGACGCUGACGGGCGAGCCCCCCGUACUCCUGCCGCCGCCGGCGCAGGCGCGGCGGUCAAAGUCGCGGCGGCGCACAAAGACGCUGUUGCCGCUGGAGACGGUGCCGGAGCUGGUGAUGCAGACGCAUAUGCUGCGCUGUAGUGUGGCGGUGGAUGCUGCGCGGCUGAGGGGGGCGGUGGGCGGGUUGAGGGCGUGGGAUGGGUAUGUUGGUGGGAGUGCUGCUGCGAUGGCUGGGAAGGGGGAGGAGGGGGUGGAGGAAGUGGAUGAUGGGGCGUUUUGGUGUGAGGGGGGGGAGAGGGAGGGGGAGGCGGGGGUGCUGGGGGGCGUGGUGGAGAGGUGGUUGGGCGGGUUUGGGGUGAGGGUUGGGGGGUGGGAGUGGUGUGGGGAGGAGGGGGGGAGGGUGUUGGUUGCGGUGGAUGCGUGA